AUGAAUUGCUUUUAAAAUCCGUGUGGCUUGGUGAGCGAACACUAUUUCAAUUUUAAUAAUUUCUGUCCCUUCAGCAUUUCUUUCUUAUAGAUCAACAGAUUAAAGAUGAGACAACUAAAACAUCAUGAACAAAAAUUAUUGAAGAAGGUCGACUUUCUUUACUGGAAGAAAGAGGAUACCCUGCGUGAGAUGAAGGUCAUCCGCAAAUACUUUUUACAGCAGAGAGAAGAUUAUCACAAAUAUAAUAAAUUGGUCGGUCAAAUUAGAGCUUUAGCCAACAAAAUCUCACUGUUAGAUUCUCGUGAUCCCUUCAGAGCUGAACAGGAAAAGGCACUAUUAAAGAAAUUGUACGAUAUGGGCAUCAUUACUGCGACCACCAAAUUUUCUGAUUGUCGUAAAGUGUCUGUAUCAGCUUUCUGUCGUCGUCGUUUGCCUAUUGUGAUGUGUCGAUUAAAAAUGGCCGAGACAGUGAAAGAAGCCGUUACCUUUGUUGAACAAGGUCAUGUUCGUGUGGGCCCUCAAACUAUCACAGAUCCUGCCUUCUUAGUGAACAGAAAUAUGGAAGAUUAUGUUACUUGGGUGGAUACUUCCAAGAUUAAGAGAAAGAUUAUGAAGUAUAAUGACAAGUUGGAUGAUUUUGAUCUUUUGUAAAUAGCUCGUUCUUUUUGUUAUCCUUACUCUGUUACAGUUUUGUAUCUUCGCCACCCAUCAUUUGCAUAAAACUUAUCAACUAUUUAUUCUUCCCCGAAAAUUGUAAUAAAUCAACAAAUUCGUUAUUGUACGGAAAGCAGCGUCGUCCAACAUUGCAUUGGCCAAAGUCCUGAAAUCGGUGAUAUGAGUUUAAAUCUGUACGAUAUAAAGUUGGGAUUAUACCGUUCUUGUAGCUGUU